GUGAAACUGCGUGCAUGUCGUAGAUACUUGCAGAUUACUGUCUCUGGUACUAUCUCGAGCUAUGACACAUUAUCUACAAACCGAAUUUCGAUCUCAACCCCUCAAUCAGAGCCCCGCUUUGUAUCUAUCACAAACUAUAAGUUGACGAGAAAGUUGUACAGAACAAUGAGAUCAAGUGAUAAUCCUGCAACCAAGAAUAACAACCUCACUUUACUUUCUUCAGUUACGACUCUCUCUCCUCUUCCCACGAUCUAUACUGCAUCAUGUCUGAUUUCUCGGGUCUCUCGUUGAAGGGCAAGACCGCCAUUGUCACGGGUGCUUCGAGGAGCCUCGGUGCCGGCAUCGCCCUCCUCUUGGCCAAGCGCGGGGCCAAUGUGGUGGUCAACUACGUCUCCGAAGGCAGCAAGCAGCGCGCCCAGGAAGUCGUGGACAAGAUCACCCAGAUCGGCACGAAGGCCAUCUUGUGUCAGGCCGAUGUCAGCAAGCUGGACGAGAUUCCCAAGCUCGUCGACGCUGCACUGCAGAUCAGUGAGACAGGCAAGAUUGAGAUUCUCAUUCACAAUGCUGCGCAAGGUCUCGAGGCCAACCUGGUAGACACCACACCCGAGUUCUACACCACGCACUUCGACUGCAAUGUUCGUGGCCCGAUCUUCCUCACUCAGGCUGUUGUCCCCCAUCUGCCCCGCGGAGGUCGCAUUGUCUUCAUCUCCUCGGCUGGUGCUCGCCUCGGUGUCGCGGGUCAGACGGUCUAUGCUGCUACGAAGGCGGCGGACGAGGCGCUGGUGCGGGUGUGGGCGAAGGAGCUGGGCCACUCGCACGGCAUCACAGUCAACUGCGUCAACCCCGGACCGAUUGCAACUGAUCAAUGGUUCCAGAGCGACGAGCAGUUCCUGAAGGAUAUGGAGCCGCUCAUUGAGUCGACCCCUGCGGCUCCCAGAGUGGGCGAGGUCGAUGAUAUCGCCCCCUUGGUCGCCUUCCUCUGCAGUGAUGAUGCCAGAUGGACUACUGGUGCUUGUUUGUCGGCCAAUGGUGGGCUUUACAACUAG